AUGCCCGGGAAAAAAUACAGUUGGAGCUACAAGUAUAAGAAGCAGAUCAUCUCCAGAUCCACCAGAGCACAGCUUCAGUUCCCUGUUAGCCAUGUGGACCGCUUCCUGAGGCAGGGUCACUAUGGCCAGCGCCUGAGCUCCUCCGCUCCUGUUUUCCUGGCUGGUGUCCUUGAGUACCUGACCGCCAAAGUCCUGGAUCUGGCAAGUCAAGAGGCCCACAGCAACCGCAAGAUGCGCAUCACCCAGGAGCACGUGGGGAAGGUGCUGGAGAAGAAUUGGCAUCUCUAUAGCUUCUUCGAGGAUAAAGCCAACCCUCCAGAUGUCAAGAAACCCAAAAAGAGUAAGAAGUAA